GUAAAAAUCUCAAGCAAAAAAGCUUUAUUGUUUCGUAAUAAAAUUCAAUGAAAUUCAGUGGCUCUAAAUCCCAAGGAUGUUUGGCUAUGAUUAUACGGGACUUCCGCAAGCGUCACCACUCAUGUGAUGGAAAGGGAAAGACCCGGAUACAACGUGAUCAAUUUAAAUUUACAGGAAAUUGAGCUAUCAAGAAUUGACAUGUUCCGGUGGAUUUCUCAGUUGACUAUAAAUGUUUGCUUUUGCCAAACUAGGAAGAAACUAGGGCUAUUUCCAUAUUUCCCAUUCGUUCUCAGUGCGCGUGACAUCUCAAGAACUUCGAGACGAUUCUGUCGGCUCAAACAGAACGGGGUAAGUAAAAAAAAUAUUUACCACAGUGAGAUCUAUCAGCUUUGCGACGGAUUAUCGGGGCCAAGGAUAACGUGAAUCGCUGAUCACUAGAACCAUCCGUUUGAAGGUGAAUAGCAGUGUUGUGUUGAUCUGCUGAACAGCUCCUGGCAUUUGCGAUGUCUGAAGCUCUGAAUAGAAGUGUAUGUUAUUUACCGGACGAAAUCACCCCACUUAAGGCAGUAGGCCUCGUGUCUCUCUCGGUGGUAACAGUGGUGUUAAACUCCUUGGUAAUAAUAACAAUCUGGAAGGAUCCAUUCAAGGAACUCAAAGGAACAGCUAACUAUCUCAUAUUAAACCUGGCUGUUUGUGAUCUUCUUGUGGGCUUUCCAGCCGAGUUGCUUUUCGCUCUUCUGCUCUGGUUUCCCGACCGUGUUAUUAUUGUCUUUUCCGCAUACGUUGCAGUAUAUCUUGAUUUUUAUGCUUCGUUUCUUACAAUACUGGGCUUGGCAGUCGAGAGACUCCUCGUCAUAUCAUCACCAUCGUGGAGUGCGGAUUAUCAAACCACCACUUAUCGCACCGUUGGAUUCCUUUCUAUUUGGAUAUUUGCUGGACUGCUAGCCUUCCUUCCUGUGUUCGGUGCAGAUUCGUGUCACAAAUACAGAAUGUUUAUUACUGAUGCAGUCGGACUUCCUGUAUUGAUCCUGUUAUUUGCCUGUUACACACGAAUCUUCUUACUGGUCAGAAAAGAGAUUAAUCGAGAUUUGAGGACAAUCGACCAGAGAGGAGAACUACAACCCCUCACAAUAAAUGGCCAAUGGAGAGAAAGACUUAAAAGGAGAGAAAGACAGGUGGCUUGUUCUGUAUUCAUCAUUGUUGGAAUAUUUUGCUUCUGUUGGCUUCCAGAAUUAGUGCUGGCAAAUAUCAUUGAAAUCUGUAGAGACUGCAUUCCAGAUAAAUUUCAUUUGAUAUUCCAUCUUUUCAUAUUGGCACAUCCGCUGGCCAAUCCUAUUGCUUACUCAUUGCAUACACCGAAAUUUCGACGGGCUCUCAAAAAAAUUUUCAAUCGCAAGGCCCCACUAUAAACCACUUGUGUACCUGUUUUUAAAUGUUCCUUAACAUUUUUAUUAUUUUCAUUAUGACUACUCAAUCCUUAAAUACGUAAGGAAAAACUG